GCCAGCAUGCGGCCGGGGCGUCGGCUGUCGCUGCUGUGCUGCUGCUGCUGCUGCUGCUGCUGGCUGGUGUGUGGCGGCGCGGUGGCGGCGGCGGCGGCGGCGGCGGCGGCGGCGGCACCGGGGCCGGCCGAGUACGCCAUCGCCGAGGAGACCCCGCGCGGCGCGCCGGUGGGCAACGUGGCGCGGGACCUGGGCCUGGAGGCGGCGUGGCUGCCGUCGCGCAAGGGCCGGCUGGUGGGCGCGGGCGGCGAGUACCUGACCCUGGAGGCGGCCACGGGCGCGCUGUCGGUGGGCCGGCCGGUGGACCGCGAGCGCAUCUGCGCCCUGCAGCCGUCGUGCGCGCUCAGCUACGAGCUGGUGCUGGAGAACCCGCUGGAGCUGCACCCGCUGCGCCUCCGCGUCCUGGACGUCAACGACCACGCGCCCCGCUUCCCCCGGGCCGACUACCAGCUCAGCCUGGCCGAGUUCCUGGCGCCCGGCGCCCGCCUGGCCCUGCCCAGCGCCCACGACCCGGACGAAGGCAGCCACGCCGUGCAGAGCUACGCCCUCAGCGCCGACCCCCACUUCGGCCUGGCCAUGCAGACCCGCGCCGACGGCACCAGCUACCCGGAGCUGGUGCUGGAGCGGCCGCUGGACCGCGAGCGCCAAGCCGCCCACCGCCUGCUCCUGACCGCCUUCGACGGCGGCAGCCCGGCCCGCUCGGGCAGCACCCAGCUCCCCCGCGUCCGCAGUGCACCGGACACCAACGACAGCUUGCCGCCCGCGUCAUUUGAACGCUCCGUCUACCGGGCGGGCCUGCUGGAGAACUCGCCCCGCGGCGCCCUGGUGGCCCAGCUGCGCGCCACCGACCCGGACGAGGGCCCCAACGGCGAGGUCAGCUACGCCUUCAGCAACAGCACGCCGCCCGAGCUGCGCCGCCUCUUCACCGUCGACGGCCGGAGCGGCGAGGUGCGGCUGGCUGGCUCCCUGGACGGCCAGACGCCCCCGCUGGAGCUCUUCGUCGAGGCCCGCGACAGGGGCCCCUUCGGCCUCUCCGGCCAGGCCAAGCUGCUGGUGGACAUCACCGACGUGAACAACCACGCGCCCGAGAUCGUGGUCACCUCCCUCUCCAGCCCCGUCCCCGAGGACUCCCCGCUGGGCACGGUGGUGGCCCUGCUCAGCAUCACGGACCGGGACCCCGGCGAAAACGGGCGCGUCAUCUGCCAGGUGCCCACCCAGCUGCCCUUCCAGCUGCGCUCCUCCUUUGACAGCUACUACACCCUGGUGACCAGCGGCCUGCUGGACCGCGUGACGGCUAGCAGAUACGAAAUCACUCGCACCGCCUCCAUUUUCGUUUCCAUGCCGCCCAUGGUCAACCAGAAGGCAGCUACUCUGGAGAUCGCCGACGUGAACGACAACCCGCCCCGCUUCCUGACCCAGCGGCGAGAGGUGGAGGUGACGGAGAACAACCAGCCGGGCCUCUCCCUCUUCCACGUGGCGGCCUCUGACCCAGACCUGGGGGAGAAUGGCCGCGUCUCCUACCAGCUGCGGGACAUCGACAUCCAGGGCACGGCCCUCUCUGCCUACCUGGGCAUCGACGCCGAGGCCGGCACCGUCUACGCCAAGGGCUCCUUCGACUUCGAACAGCUCCAGAGCUUCCACUUUCAGGUGGAGGCUGUGGACCACGGCUCACCUGCCCUGGUCGCUGCCUUCCUGGUCAGCAUCUCUGUUCUGGACCAGAAUGACAAUGCCCCGCACAUCCUUUACCCAGCAGUGUCCAAGAAUGGCUCGGUGGCAGUGGAGAUUGUGCCCCGCCUGGCUGAUGCCGACUACCUGGUCACCAAGGUGGUGGCCCACGACCCGGACAGCGGGCAGAAUGCCUGGCUGUCUUUCCACCUGCUGCAGGCCUCUGACGCCAGCCUCUUCCGCGUCUCCCCCGACGCCGGCGAGGUGCGGACCGCCCGCUCUCUGCGCUCCAGCGAUGCACUCAGGCACAAGGUAGUGGUCCUCGUGAAGGACCGUGGCGAGCCGCCCCUCUCCACUUCGCUGACUUUGGGCGUCCUGCUGGCCGACUCUCUGCCCCAGGCCCUGCCGGACUUCGACGACAGCCUGGAGGCCCGCAGCGGCCAGCCGCUCACCCGUUUGAACUUCUACCUGAUCGUCUCGCUGGGCUGCCUCUCCUGCCUUUUCUUUGGUUUCCUUCUGGUGCUACUGAUCCUGCGCCUUGUGAACUGUCGGACCGGCCCGACCCGUUGCUGCUGCUGCUGCUGCCCCGACGACGAGUACGAGAAGUACCGCUACAACGUCCGCAUGCUGCCAGGCUCCCACUUCACCCCGGAGAUGAUUGAAGGAUGCGCCCGGCAUGCGACCAAACUGACGCACAGCCUUUCCUGUGCAGGAGGCGCUGAAGGCACAGGCGUUCAGACCCGCAAUAACAAUAUGGUGCCCAACGGAGACGCUGCUGGCAACCUGGGCAAAGGUGCUAACAUGUUGCAAGUGCCCACGUCCUGCAUCCAGGUGCAGAAAGUGAAGAGUGACCACUUUAAUGCCAUUCUGGUGGUAAGCAGGUUUUUCCAGGGCUAAGUGGCUUGGGGGAAGGGAGAAAGAGGUUUGCCUGGGACCGUGUUUCCCCGAAUAUAAGACAGUGUCUUAUAUUAAUUUUUGCUCCCAAAGAUGCGCUAUG